AUGGAUGCCGUCGACAUGCGUGACGGAAUCCCUGAAGUCUUCUGCAUUACUGCUCCGUGUCGUCGCGAGCGAUUCGACUGGGAAGGCAAGAUCAGCACCGUCCUCUUCUAUGGUGACGCAUCUAGCCUCGUUUUCCUCCUUGCAAAGCCGUUUAUUUGGGAAGAAGAAGAUGAACCAGAAACAAUGAAUCUUGCACAAGAUGCGUCCGGACUUGGCGUUGAGCCCCAGGCCAUCGAAUACCAACCACGCUCUCCUAUCCUCGAAAUGCCACACGAAAUCUAUGGCUGCAUCUUCGAAACCCUGGAUGUACAAAGCAUCUUCAAUUUUGGUCUGACCUGCCAAGAGUUAUGGCCGGUUGCCAAAUAUUUCAUCAAAAGUCGAUUCAAGAAAGUCCUCGGCAUUUGGGCUGGCGUUCCACUCAUUUGUCCAGGCUGUGAUCACCCCAAGGGAGAAAACUCUUAUCCAACAGGUGUUCUCAGCAGCUCAGCUGAGGAAGAAUUGAAAAAGGGCCUGCGUGUCGGAGAGCCCGGUUUCUCCGGCCAGAUGUUUCACAUCCCCGGACAUGAGGAGAUCGUAAACAGAUACUACAAGACAAAUCUCUUCAGACUCGCCAUCAAAAGGUAUCGAAUGCUUCCUUUAGUCGAUGACGCAGUUCAAACCAUGAUUGAAGUCUCCGAAACGACUGGACCGUAUCGCCCGAAAGAUAUGUUCCGUAUCGUCAGACCAACGCCGGCGAUGUUCUAUCCACUAAACGAAAAAUGGAUUCUUCGCAAUCUGACGACGCGUCAGUUCGUUCGUGCCGAAGCAAUCGCCCUUAAGCCAGAGUACAUCCAAGGGCCCCUCAUUAAGAUUCUUGGGUUCGGUGAAGUAAUCAUCUCCAAGACCUGCUGGUCCGACCAUGGAGACACUUGGGUCAACUACCCUGUCAACAAGGGCCCGUGGGCCGGGCACUCCUUUGAUGUCGUCCCACUCUCCAAGCUUAAGGAUGGCGGAAUCUGGGAAGACAUCAGCCUUAACAUCGCAGCCGAACUAAGGAGGAUGUGCCGCCUUCAGUAUGGGGACGAUUGGUUUGAAAAACUCAUUCACAGAUUCGAGCGUAAGUGCAUGGAUCCUUGGGGCCGCUGGAGGGAGGAAACUUUGUGGGAGACCUUUCAGCGCCAGGCAAAACAGAGCAGCCAAGGUUUCUUUGGCUUUUUUCGGAAGAAAAAUUGA